AUGUUUAGUACUCUACGGCAAACGUUUGGUGAUGGAGACCGACUCCUCAACGUGGAGAUUGUCCCGCCCUUUGACAAGGACAGGACGUCAAUGCGGACGGCCUGCGAGAGAUGUCGCACACAGAAGUCCAAGUGCGUGAGCGGCAAGAACGGCUGUAUGCUGUGCGUCGCCAAGAACCGAAAAUGCGAGUACUCGGUCGUCUCGAGGCCGCGACGGCACGCGUCCAGCGUUGCUAGCGGUGAUUCAAAGUCCCGGAGCGACGACAACACAGUCGCCAACCAGCACAAGCAGUCGAACCAGGCUGGGACACUCAAACGGCGGUCUCGAGUACAGGCGACGAGACAAUCAUCGCCGUUGUCGACGUCGUCAUCCUCCUCUGAAGACCAAGUGAGGGGCUCACCAGUAUCGCAGUCCUCACUUCGGGACAAGAGCGUCGCAACACCUGCGCCAGACACGGGCGUGGAAGACGCACAACAAUUGUAUUUCAUGGGCAUACUCUUUCCUGACUCCCCUGGGCAGGUCCCGGCCGUCUUUCCGGACCUCGACCCCGCCGCCUGGGACUUUUACGGCAGUGUGACCGACCCCACGCCCACGGCUGCCGCGAAACUGGAGGCAGGCCUCGGUGGUGGUGCUGCCGGCGAAACGUCAACAUCUCAAGGAGACAGAGGCGAGCACGAUGUCAACAAAUCCAGCCAAACUUCGCCGUCAGCAAACAGCCUGUCCGAGUUUUCUGUUGACCAGAUGGAAUUCCUGAUGGAGGACUCGCGCAUCAUGACUACGAUGAUUCCCAAUGCGCACGACAACAAAGUCACAUCCGAGGCCCAGCCUGGGACUCAUUUCUCGCCAUUGCCAGACUUGGAUGCCACCUCCACCUCUACCUCUACAUAUUCAUCGUGUUCCUGCAUGAUGACAGCCGUGAGAAUCUACGAGGCCUUGCAGGUCCAGCUCGUCUGGGGCGAUCCCGUCGCCGGCAUGUCGCCGGCACCAAGUCCGAACUCCGCGUCGGCAGACUCUCCAUGCUCGUCGCUUUCGUCCUCGUCAGGGUCAGGGUCAGGGUCACGGCCAGGCACAUUGUCUGGCUCGGCAACAUGCAAUACAACGCCUCUUAUGACCCAGCAAACGAUCCUGCAGCGCCAGAAGACGAUGCUCGCCCGCUUCGAGUCCCUGCUCGGGUGUGGCACCUGCUGGUCCCGGCCAGAUUUUGUCAUGCUGAUGAUCACCAUGUGCGAUCGCAUCCUGACCAGCCUGGAGGCGGUCGAGCGCUUCGUUUGCAGCAGGACCGAUGACGCAAACAGGGUCAGUUCCAACACCACCGCUGCAGCUGCGGCUGCGGUUGCCGCAGACGUCAACGCCACGGCAGCAUCACGCGCAGAGCUAGGGCUGCCACCCCUGUCCCGCUCACCUCAGGUCCAGCAGCCUCGGGUAGGCGCUUGGCAGAUCGACGACGACGACGAGCUGGAAUUGGUCAUCAGCCUGAUCAAGUCCCGCGUGACAAGGCUCGGCAAUCUGAUCGCCAUGGCUGAGGGCACGGUGAGCGCAAACGCGUGGCUUUCGCACGAGAGGCUGGCUCAGGCGUUGCGGAGGAGGUCUAACAAACUGCUCCUUUCCUUGUCGUUUCGCGGCUUUCCUUGA